ACGUUUACAUUCACAUACGUUUCAGAUAACGGCUUUGCUUUAACGUUACAGGCAUUCAUAUAUUAACUAUAGCUAGUUAGCUUCAAGCACGUUUGAAUGCCGUACCGUAACUGUACCGUUAACUGUUAGUUAAUUAAGGUCAGUAACUCGCAGGUGUGAAAUCCUGUCUGUGUGUAUUGAUACAGUUGAGCUAACUGGACAUAUCAGCUGUUAAACAUUGCGUUACUUUCGUUGGGAAAAUGUCACUCCAAACUCCUUGAAAACAGGUUAGCAACACGCUAGCGGGCCGUUGUCAGCCAGGACCCAGAAAAGCAGCAUCAUCAUCAAUGGUGUGUCUACAUCCCGGAGCCGUCACAUUUUCCUGUGUGCGCUCAAUGAACUAUCUCCUCAGCUCUCAUCACAGCUGCACAUGUAUGGCGUUUGCGAGGCUCGGAGGGGAGUUUUGCCAAGCCCAGCACCUGCUGCUUAUUGUGGACAAGUGAACAGGAGGCAUCAGCUUGGCGCAAACACUGCCAUUGACGUGCACAGGUCCUUACUGCCAUCCUGUUCAACCCAUAUGAAGAGAAGCCAACUUUCAGCCUGUCACCUGUCCUGGGGAGAAGGAGAGGCUUUGAUUUUAUCCCAGGAGUUUCCUUGCAGCUCUCCUUUCCUGCGUUUUUCUUUCUUCAACUCUUAUUCAUAGAAUUCUUCUCUGAAUGGGCUAGCAGACUUGAAAGGAAGAAAGGACAGAUCUUUUUUCUGUCUUAAUUUGUUUUGUGGGACUUUGAGUGUCCUCUCCAGUUUUUUUUAUCCCAAUCUGCUAGUUUAAUUAUUUUUUUAUCAAGCCAAUUUUAGUUUUUUCUUCAUUGCCAAGAAACGUUUAGAUUUUUUUCCUCCUUAUUACUAUCCCGGGAUUUUUUUCUUGUCUUAUUGUUUUUUUUUAUUCAGACUCAUUUUUGGCUCUAAAGGAACAUUAUAAUUACAGUUUUUGCCCAUAAAUCAUACGGAUGCAGUAGUUAGUAAAAUUAAUUGCUAAGUGUUUUUACAAUUUUGGUUCUUAAGCAAUUUUUGUUUUAGUAAAAACGUUUUCUUUUUAAAAUUUGAAACAAUCAGAACAUUUUCACUUCCUUUAAGACCUCGUCUGUUACCCUUUUAUUCAAAGCACAGACAUUUUCUGAUCUUUUUUUUCCUGUAUUGAUCAACCUUUGAGGGUCUAAAAAAUGAACCGACCGGCUCCAGUUGAGAUAUCUUAUGACUGCCUGAGAUUCCUCAUUACGCACAACCCCACCAAUGCACAACUGGGAAGGUUUAUAGAGGAUCUGAAGGCAUAUGGAGUGAACACCCUGGUGAGAGUGUGUGCUGCUACAUAUGACAAGGCUCCAGUGGAACAAGAAGGUAUACAAGUCCUGGAUUGGCCAUUUGACGAUGGUUCCGCCCCCCCAGAACAGGUGGUUGAUGAUUGGUUGAACCUGCUGCAGGCAAAGUUUAGAGAGGAGCCUGGCAGCUGUGUGGCUGUUCACUGUGUUGCUGGAUUAGGACGAGCUCCUGUGUUGGUGGCCCUGGCUCUAAUUGAGUGUGGGAUGGAAUAUGAAGAUGCUGUGCACUUCAUCAGGCUGAAGCGUCGCGGAGCGUUCAACUCCAAGCAGCUGCUGUACUUGGAAAGCUACAAACCUAAACUGUGUCUGCGCACCAAAGAUGCCAACGGACAGAGCUGCUGUAUACAGUAGGAAUCUACAACCCAAUAAUCUUCACUGCAGCUUCAUAGGAGACUUUCAAAUUGUGAUGUUUAAUGGAAAGUCGACAUGUUUAAGUAAAUGUUUUUGGUGACAUUUAAGUCCAUGAAAUAUAUUCAAAGAAAUUCAUAUAUUUCCCAAAAAUUAGAUGACUUUGUGUCAAAUUCCUGCAAAUCUGCUAAAAAGACAUCCAGAUGACUUCUGGCUUUACAUGAAAAAAGGACCUAAAAAGAUGCAGGUGUUAAGUUUUUAGUUCUCCUCUAUGGUGUGUGUGAUCUCACCUUUUUAAAUGUGUAGCAAAAAUCCCUUGAAUACUGUCAGCGGCACUGUGAAAUCAAGCAAAACAUUCAUUUCAAAGGUGACUAUUUUAAUUCACUGUUACAGAUGCUGCGACAACAAAUGCUAAUGUUAACAGACUUCUGAUUUAAAUUUACUUUGACAUUGGGAUCAAACAUUAUGGGAAAUUCUGUGUCAGCAGUAUCUUAGACACUUGAUUAAUUCUUGUGAUGUGAAACUGGUCCGCAGCUUGAUAUUUUGUUCUAACCUCCAACACUACAAAUGCUGAAUAAAUAGUUGGCAGUAUGUGCUUUCAGAGGCUUGCUGGUUUGUUGCACAUCAAUCCACACAGUGCUUCACACUGAUUUGUUUAUUCCAAUACUUCCUCACUGACCACUGACCAAAUCGAUCUCCUGCAGCCAGAAUGUGGUGCAGACAAUAAACAACUCAAAUACAUUAGAAAGCAUACAAUAUUUAAGAAAUUUGAUUUGUAAAUGUAACGUAUGCUGUAUUAAACAAUACAAGCUACCUACCUACUGUAUGUCCCAUGUCAGAGUCAUAUGCGCACAGUCUAUUUCUCUUGAACAAACUUGUGUUGGCUGUAAAUGUUUGACACUGUCCACAAUGUCAACAAGGCAACAGGUCAAUUGGUGAAUGUAUUCAUAAAUUAACACUUUAAGGUUUUUGUAGAUUGUCCUGUUAGCUGUCAAGUGUAAAGAACAUGCUAAAAUCAUCAAUAUGUCCUUUGUAUUCCAUGCUCUAUACCUCCACUUUAACAUACACAAUGUAGUGCAACAUGGUGUGUGAUGGAGUGGCAGCAUACAGAAUGUGAGUCUUCCAGCUAACAAUUUAGCAUAAAUUAUAUUUGUGGUAUUUGGCUGAGUCCAGAAUGUAGCUGAUCAAUAGUAGGCUCUAUGCAAACACAUGAGCACGACUAUUUUAGAUGGUAAAGAAAUAAGCAUUUAACAAAGUAAGAGUAAAUCUUUAAAACUAAUUUUGGUGCCCCUGGUUUUUCAACAGUGACCAGUUAAAUCUACUAAUGGGACAAUCUCCUGAUUACUUUCUGUAUUCCUUUUACAACAACAAACAGGACUGUUGAGCCAGCAUGGCUGCCACUGCAAUCUUAGUGGCCAUAGUUCUUGUCUAUCUCCGGCUCUGUACCUACUUCGCUGUCUGGUCAGCUGUUUGUAAGAUGAUGUCAGUCUUUGUGUUGUUAUUAUUUUUCUAUAAGUUUGAUUUUCUUUGCCUGUACUCCUUUACCUAUUUGUACUUGUUAUUUAUUUAUUGAUUUCUCAGUGUUUCUUUGUGAAAUGUCUGUCUGCUAGAAAAAAAAAUCUAGUAGUCUUGUUGAAAAAUUAAAGUGUUUAGUAAUGUAA